CCCAUGUAAACAAACCCACACUGGGCAUGCGUCACCGCCGUAAUGGAGGACUGUCUUUUCUACCAGGACUUCACGUCUCUCUUUUUACUCCGCUAACUCGCGGCUUCUGAGCCCGAGUGACACGUCCGGGUUGCUUCGCACCUUUCAGUAGAAAGAAGACAUCUCACGAUGAGCGACGACUCGGCCGCCCAGAAUGCAGCUCCCUGCAGGAUCAUGACCUUCACACCGUCUAUGGAAGACUUCCGAGACUUCCGCCGCUACGUGGCCUACAUGGAAUCUCAGGGAGCGCACCGAGCGGGGAUGGCCAAGGUGAUCCCGCCCAAAGGCUGGAGGCCACGGAAGACUUACGACGACAUGGACGAGCUGGUCAUUCCCGCGCCCAUCCAGCAAGUGGUGACAGGCCAGUCGGGCCUCUUCACGCAGUACAACAUCCAGAAGAAGCCCAUGACCGUGCAAGAGUUCCGCAAGACCUCCAAUAUGGACAAAUUCUGCCAUCCACGCUAUGUGGACUUUGACGAGCUAGAGCGCAAGUUCUGGAAGAACCUGACCUUCAAUCCGCCGCUCUAUGGUGCCGACGUCAGCGAGAGUCUCUACGACCCGGAUGUGAGCGAGUGGAACAUCGGCCGACUGCAGACCAUCUUGGACACGGUGGAGAAUGAGAGCGGCGUGAAGAUUAAAGGAGUCAACACGCCUUAUCUUUACUUUGGUAUGUGGAAGGCUGCGUUUGCCUGGCACACAGAGGACAUGGACCUCUACAGCAUCAACUACUUGCACUUUGGAGAGCCCAAGUCCUGGUACGCGGUCCCGCCGGAACAUGGGAGGAGAUUGGAGCGUCUUGCCAAGGGUUUCUUUCCCGGCAACGCUCAAAGCUGCGAGGCCUUCUUGCGCCACAAGAUGACCUUGAUCUCGCCGUCCAUCCUCAAGAAGUACGGGAUUCCCUUUGAGAAGGUGACGCAGGAAGCCGGCCAGUUCAUUGUCACCUUCCCGUUCAGCUACCACGCCGGAUUUAACCACGGCUUUAACUGUGCCGAGUCCACCAACUUUGCCAUGGAGCGCUGGAUCGACUACGGCAAACAAGCCACAUUGUGCUCGUGCCGCCAGGACAUGGUCAAGAUCUCCAUGGACGUGUUUGUGCGCAAGUUCCAGCCGGAGCGCUACAAGCUUUGGAAAGCGGGCAAGGACAACGCUCCCAUUGAUCACACCAAGCCCACACCGGAAGCUGCCAUCUUCCAGAAGGAAAGCCCGCCUCCUGACGACGACAACGCGGGUGAGGGCGACCGCUCGGUCGCCAGCCCUAGAGCUCAGACAGCUGCCAAGCGACCGCUCGACACCACAGAGGAUGUCAAAGGCGAGAUGGCCCAAGAGGAGGCGGAGCCCAAGAAGGCCAAGAUGGAGUCCCCUGCUCAAGUCAAGCCAGACACACACGGCCAGACAGAUGAAUUGGAGUCGAAGCCUCAGAAGAAAGAGAAAAUUGAAAUGGAAGAGGAAGAAGAAAAGCCUGACAGAUUGGAAAGUCCAUCGAAGAAAGAGGAGGAGGCGGAGCCUAUUACAAAUCAUGUGCCUGAUCCCGCAGAAGACCAGGUGGCGGCGCCGUGCUCAGCGGGGGCGGGCGGUGUGUCGGCACACAAAGCCUUCCAGAGAACGCUGAGCCCUGCUGAUGUCCUGCACGUGCACAGUUACGCCAAAGGAGACUACGCCGAGGAAGAGGCCUUACCUAAAGAUGAACACCACGGCGAGGGCAACAAAGACACCAGCAAAUAUCAGAGGUGCACGAAAGGGGCGUUGACUCGUGACGAUACGACCUGUGGCCAGCAGGGGGCGAAGGAGGCACGGGGCACCACCGAGCAUAAUGAUCUGGGCCGGCUUCCCGGACACCACCCGCUCAUCAAGGACGCCCUCAACGAUGAAGAAGGUCCGGUGGAGGCAUUGCCCGUGGAGGAGGGAGGCCUGGAGGGCGAAGGCUGGGCCAAACCUCUGGCCCACCUUUGGCAGAGUCGACCCCCCAACAUGAAGAAGGAGCGCGAGUACAACCGGAAGGCAGGGUCCAAGCCGCCCUACUGCUCCGUAUGCUCACUGUUCAUCGCCUACCAGCAGGCGGAGGUUGUGAGCAGUGCCAAUGCGCCCGUCAUGGUGGCGGGCGGGCACAUGCGCACCAAGCCACUGAUCCCGGAGACAUGCUUUGCCACCACCACAGAGGAAGACUCCGAGUGCGAGGAGCCACCGGUGACGCCCCGUCUGGAGGAAGACGGGACCAGUGUCCUAGUCAGCUGCUCGCACUGCAGCGUCCGUGUCCACGCCAGCUGUUAUGGCGUCGAUCCCGCCUGCGUCAGCAAGGAGUGGAAGUGCGCCCGCUGCAAAGCCAACGCCAUGACAGAGAACUGCUGCCUGUGCUGUCUGCGGGGUGGUGCGCUGCAGAAGGCCAAUAACAACAAGUGGGUGCACGUCCUGUGCGCGGUUGCUGUGCUGGAGGCUCGCUUCAUCAACAUCACGGAGAGAAAACCCGUCGAUCUGAGCGGCAUCCCCCUGCAAAGAUUCAAACUGAAGUGUUACUACUGCAAGAAGCGCAUGAAGAAGGCGUCAGGCUGCUGUGUGCAGUGUUCGCACGGGCGCUGCCCCACCGCCUACCACCCGACGUGCGCGCAGGCCGCUGGCGUGCUCAUGCAGCCCGACGACUGGCCCUUCGUGGUGCACGUCACUUGCUGUCGGCACAAAGGACCCGCGCACAUACAGCGCAACAAGGCAGCCAUGCAGGAGCUGACGGUGGGCCAGAAGGUGAUCUGCAAGCACAAGAACGGCCGCUACUACCAGUGUGACGUGGUGCAGCUGUCCAAGGAAACUUUCUACCAGGUCAACUUUGACGACGGCUCCUUCAGCGACAACCUCUUCCCUGAGGACAUUGUGAGCCGAGACUGCGCCCAGUUGGGUCCACCCCCCCAGGGUGAAGUGGUGCAGGUGCGCUGGACGGACGGCCUGGUCUAUGGUGCCAAGUUUGUGGCCUCCCGUGUGGUCCAGAUGUACCUGGUGGAGUUUGAGGACGGCUCUCAGCUGACGGCCAAGCGAGACGACGUCUACUCGCUCGACGAGGAACUGCCCAAGAGGGUCAAGUCCAGGCUGUCCAAAGCAUCGGACAUGCGCUUUGACGGCAUCUUUGAGGGGAAGGAGAUCAUCCGGGAGUCCAAGAGGCAGCGGGUCAUCAACUCGCGUUACCGCGGGGACUACAUCGAACCAGUCAUCUACAGAACCAUCAUGGAGUAGCCCAUGUUUGGUUUUGUUGUGUUUUGUUGUCCACUCUUUCUAUUCUUCCCAAACGGAGGUAAGGACAGUAUUUUUCAUUCUCACUCCCAUAAAGCAAGAAUAAGACUGCGUGGCCAAGUAUUUCAUUUCAACAAGCUCACAUUUAUCUCCGGGAAUGUGUCUUCAUGCUGUUUUUUGGAUGUGACAUCAUGCACAAGCGCAGCCCCAGACAUGACUUGGGGACAAAUAAUUUCAUUCAUAUCACAUGCGCACAUCUGGGCCCCCAAAAUGAAAAUUUGACAUCAGGCUUAAUAAAUGGAGCACACCUUUGUGAGAAACUGCAUUAUGGUAAUUCUCUCGGGAGAAAAGAUGUGCUCCACUUGCUGAGCUAAUGGGGCUGCCUUGAGUUAAAUUUGACCGCAAGUUAGCAUUUGUGCUCAGGUUUUAUCGAUAUUGUUGCUAUGGUUACAUUUUACGCCCCAAUGUCGUGUGUGGGGCUCCGUAUGCAUCAGGUCACGUGACUGCAUUCACGCUGAGGUUAACACCCCCCCACACAGACACAUACUUGUAUAUUUUAUGUCCCAACAUUUGUCUGCUAAAAUCGUGAUUUAAUUUUUUUAACCUGAACUUGGUGCUUUUCGUUACCUUUUUAGAACACAAUUUCCACAUAAAGCAAUGUUUUGUUCAUUACCAUGUUGAGAUUUGCCAUCUGCCAAGCUAAUUUCUGCUACAGUUUUAAAAUAUUUGUGUAUUGCCAUAAAAUCAACUGAAAAUUUAUUAAAAAAAUAUAAUGUUCACUGAUAGCAAGGGGAGGAAACAAACAUGCUAACGUAAGCCAACGUGUCAGUCUGCCGAAUGUUUUUUUUUUUUUUUACUUCCCCCCCCCAAAGGCAUCAGAGAUGCUAUUUUUUCUACGACAGAGGUAAACAUUUUUGGAACAACUUCACUUUUUAAUGUCUUCCCUUCAACUUUGUAAUUUAAGUUCAAAGCGCUUUUAACUUUUAGCAGGGCAGCGUGUAGUUUUAGCUCAGAGAACUAUUCAUGAAAUGUUUUCUCUUUUUUAAGAAAUGUCUCUGUUUUGUAAAAGAUAUGUGUUUUCUGUGUGUAAAUGUCAAAUACACUUCCAGAUAUUCAAGGAUUUUGUAAGUUUGAGUAAAAAAAAAUCUAUAUAUAAAAAAUGAUAUUAGUAA